AUGGGAGUUCCUGGAUUGUAUCGGUAUCUUGUUGAAAAGUAUCCAAAUAUUGUAUCGGAAUGUGUAGAAGAAAUUCCAGCUGUUCAUCAAACCACCAUCUCUACUUCGUAUGAUGAUGUGGAUACAUCAAAGCUUGCUGAAGGGCAACUUCCAUCCAUUAAAAAGAAGACGAUUCGGAUUGUCACUCAACCUGUAGAUACAACCAAGCCAAAUCCAAAUGGAAAAGAGUUUGAUAAUUUAUAUUUGGAUAUGAACGGUAUUAUCCACCCAUGUUGUCAUCCCGAAGAUGAGGAAGCACCAAAAACCGAAGAAGAAAUGUUUGAAAAGAUUUUUGAAUAUGUAGAGAGAAUAUUUGCAGCAAUUCGUCCAAGGAGAGUUUUGUUUUUAGCUGUCGAUGGACCAGCACCAAGAGCAAAGCAAAAUCAACAACGAGCACGUCGAUAUAAAUCCGCAAAAGAUUUGGAGGAUCAAAAAACGAUUGAAAGGAAUUUAAGAGAAGAACUCAUUAGUAGAGGCAUGGAGCCACCUCCAUUAACAGAAGAGCCUCCUGAAAAGCCAAUACGAAUAGUCACUAAAAAAAAGGCUUCCAAUGCCGUAAAUAAGGAUUUAGCAAAUUUAUUAAUGGACGAAAGUGACAUGCCACUCAAUGACGAAUUAUAUGAAUCCAAGUCCUUAGAGGAAGAAGAGGAUGAAGAGGAGUUUUAUGAAAUCCACCCUGCCGGAUCAAAUUGGGACUCCAAUGUCAUCACACCAGGCACUCCUUUCAUGCACAGACUUGGAAAGGCCUUACGAUAUUUCAUUCACAUGAAAUUAAGUACAGAUGAGGGCUGGAAACGAGUUAAGGUUAUUUUGAGUGAUGCAAGCGUUCCAGGAGAAGGUGAACACAAAAUUAUGGAUUUUAUACGAUCUCAAAGAGAAAUGCCUGGAUACAAUCCCAACACCAGUCACGUCAUUCAUGGUCUCGAUGCCGAUCUUACCAUGCUUGCGUUGGCGACUCAUGAACCUUACUUUUAUAACUUGAGAGAGAAAGUGAUGUUUGGAAAAGAAAACCAAGGAAAGAGUUAUGAUAUUGAAAAGAAAAAGCGAGGAGCACACUGGUAUGAGUACAAACCUCUUGAAAUACUGCACAUCAGUAUUUUGCGGGAGUAUCUCGAAGUAGAAUUAACUCAACAUGUUGAAAAUUUGCCAUUCCCUUUUGAAUUCGAGAGAGCAUUAGAUGAUUUUGUCUUUAUUUGCUUCUUUGUUGGAAAUGAUUUCUUACCACAUUUACCAUCCUUAGAUAUCAGAGAAGGAGCAAUUGAUCUUCUUCUCGCCCUCUACAAAGAGAGCCUACCUGAACUUGGAGGUUACUUGACAGAAAAUGGAGACGUCAAUGUGGAGAGAGUUCAGUAUUUACUUAAACAAGUUGCCAAGCACGAGGAUCGAAUAUUUGAGGUUCGUGCAAAGAGAGAAGAGCAAUUCAAACAGCAACAAGAACAGAGAAAGCGAGAGAGGGAACAAAAGCAUCAAGCUAAUCAGACAGAUGCAGAAAGAAAAAAGCGUUGGAACAAGAGCAGGAAACAAGUGCACUUGGUAAAAGAAAAAAAGGAUGAAGAAGACAAUGAAGAGCUUGAAGAAGAAGCACCCUCAGAAAAGAAGCUGAAACCACUGGUCGAAGAAACUGAAGAACAAGCUGAGAAGGAAACAACUAAUGCACAAGAAGACCUAGAACCUUUGGAACCAAUCAAAAUGGAAGCAAAACAAUAUGCUGAUGUCUUGAAAAUUCGAGUCGAUGAAUCAAAGAAUGUUGACACUGAAAAAUAUCCAGACAAUGUGAAGUUUGGAUCAGAAGGUUGGAGAGCAAGAUAUUACAAAGAAAAAAUGGGUAUUGAACUAGGUACCGAUGAAUAUUGGAAUGUCUCAUUGAAAUAUCUCGAAGGAUUAGUAUGGGUAUUUAGAUAUUACUACACUGGAUGUGACUCGUGGGGAUGGUUUUACCCCUAUCAUUAUGCUCCUUUUGCUUCUGACAUGGCUGAAGUCGAUAUAUCCAAGCUGAACCUCAAUUUUGAGAAGGGAUCCCCAUACAAGCCAUUUUCUCAACUUCUUGGAGUAUUACCUCCGCGAAGUGCUAAAGCAUUACCACCAGCUUAUCGUGAACUCAUGUUGUCGAAUGAGAGUCCCAUUAAGGAAUUCUAUCCAAGCGAUUUUAAUAUUGAUUUAAAUGGAAAGACCAAAUCAUGGAUGGGUGUUUGCUUGCUUCCUUUCAUUGAUCAAGAAGAGCUGAGUGCAGCCAUAAAGACUGUGGAAUCGACAUUGACACCCGAUGAGAUUGAGCGGAACACACUUGGACACACCACACUCUUUGUUCAUUUUGAACACCCAUUACAGCAAUAUGUGAUGGAAUGCUAUAUCAAUGGAAGUGCAAAAUGUGACUUUUCUAAAGCCUCUAGAGAUUUGGCUGGUGUCUUUUAUGAAGAUCCACAAGGAGUGGCCCCUUCUGAUAAGGUCAAGGUCCCAUGGAAAUCAGACUUAUUGGAUGAUGUUGCUGAAACGCAAGCCGUGAGUGCACGAUAUGAUUUACCUCCUUUGGAUAAGACAAAGAGCAAAUAUAUUGCAAAGUUGUUGCCAACUGUCACACCUCCCCCUAAGAUGCUUCCUAAAAUUCUUGAAUCUGGAAGUGUGCCAGUUGUUAUUGGAGAAAAUUAUGAAAAAACAAUUUCAUUUUGCUCUCCCAAGGAAAUGAUUGAAAACAUUAUGAAUGGAAGGCCAAGAAAUAAUUAUUUGAGUGUGAGAAAACAAUUUGCAAAUCGUCAAAGCAACAGAGAUCGAGUUGACUACAGAGGAUCUAGCUCAUUUAAUAGAGGUAAUUACGACAACAGAGGCUAUGAUAGAAAUGACAACACUGGGCGAGACAAUUAUAACACAAGAGGUGAUUAUUCUAGGGAUGACUACCGACAAAGCGAUAGACAAACUGACUACAGAAGUAGCACUUAUGAUCGAAACUAUAGUGACAAUAGAUAUGGUUAUCAGGAUAACAACAGGUACAAUAGUGAUCGAAGCUCAAACAGAGGCGAUGGAAGAGGUGGUAGCAAUUACAGAGGUAAUUACGAAAGCAGAGGAGGCGGCUCAUCAGAUGGACGAGGUUACAAUGACAAUAGAAAUAGAUCAUCGUAUGAUGACAGCAGACCACAACCAUCAUCACGUGACUUUUCGAGAUCACCUUAUUCACGUGGUUACGGCGCUCAGCAAUCAUCCUCUGGCAGUAAUAGUCCUUAUUCAUCAGUGUCCUCUCAAAAUUCACCUUAUUCGAGAAGUCCUUAUUCGGGCGUGCAAACAUCAUCGUCACCUUACUCAUCCUCCUCUCAAACAUCGACCUCCCCAUAUGCACAACCAUCUCCAUACGCUUCAUCCAAUCCAUAUGCACAACCAUCUCCCUGUGGCAGUUACAAGUCUGGUCAAAGUAACAACAGCUCUUACUCACAACAGCAACGAGAUAGACCUCAACAGUAUGGUAAUUCACAAUACUCGAGGAACACCUAUCAAUCAAACAACAAUGACAAUUAUGGAUCUCGUAGAAUGUGA